GACCUGUGCAUUUUUUUUAAAAAAAGCAACAACUUUGCAUAACACACACACACACACACACACACACACACACACACAAUCUUUGUGCUGUAGCAGCCAAUGGAAACAGAGGAGAAGCAGGAGUCUAGAAAUUUUGCCUGCCAUUUGCUCAAGUUCACAGGGAAGCAAACUGCUACCAGAAACCAGGUGGGUCAGAAUUAAGUGGCUAAUAACAAAGUCUUCAUUAGGGUGUUGGAAGUCUGAGGACAUAAUGUAAUAUAAGUCUGCUUGAUCAGGCCAAUGGUCCCUCUAGCUCAGCAUCCUUUCUCACAGUGACCAAGGGGAUGCCUGUGGGGAACUGGCAAGCAGCACAUGAGGGCAAGAGCACUCUGCCUACCCAUGAUUCCCAGCAGCUGGUAUUCCGAGGUAUAUGACCCCUGACCAUUGUCAUAAUGGCUAGCAGCCAUUGAUCGCCUUGCUCUCCAACAUAUGUGCCAGCUCCUAGGGGGUGAGGCAGUUUUAGCCACCCCGAUGGUAUUUUUGAGGGUGCCAGGCCCCCUCAAUGUUCAGAAGGCAUUCGGCUCUGCCCCCGGCUCCUCACGAUGCUGCGUUGGGCCCCCGCUAUCAACUUGAAAAGAUGGUGUCUCAGAUCUCCAUGGAUUUGUCCUUCGAGAGCUGAGGCACCAUCUUUUAAAGCCUCUUUAAAGCCUUAAAGCCUCUUCUAAAGCCAUCCAAGUUGGUGGCCAUUGCUGCCUCCUGUGGGAGGUAGUUCCCAAGUUUAACCAUGCGCUGCCUGAAGAAUUAGCUUCUUUUAUUUGUCCUGAAUCUUUCAACAUUCCCCUUCAUUGGAUAUUGAUGAAGUCUUAUGAGGGAUGGAGAAAAACCUUUCGCUAUCUGUUUUCUUCAUACCAUGCAUUAACUUCCAUCAUGUCUCCUCUGACUUGCUUUUUCUCUAACCUAAAAAGUCCCUUUUCCACAUAGGGAUGUUGAUCUAUCCCCUUGGCCAUUUCGGUUGCCCUCUUCUGGAUCUUUUCCAACUCUACAAUAUGCUCUUUGACCAGAACCUUCUGUGCUGUUCUAAAUGCAAAUUCUUGGCAAUGGUGUCACUGUUGCUUACUGGGAGGGAGAGGGGAAAGGGUCAGGUGAUGGGGAGGUCAUGGCUGCCUAGUCUAUAUGUUGGGAGCACUGGAUUGGAUCCACUGGUGCACCUGCUGUUAGGAUGCUGUUGGCGGCUCCCGGCUGGUUGCCCAGGAAAGUAUAAGACAAGGAAAAGUUUCUUACAGGCUUCCGGGUUGGCGCCUCUGACAAUGGCGGAUUUCCUCCGAUCGGGAGGAAUCCGCUCCGUGGAAAAAAGGGUCUGAAGCACCACAGCGAGGCGGAGACCCAUCAAAAACCACAGGUGGGAAAAGCCUGUGGACGUGGGAUUCGGCUGGCACCUUUUGCGCCUCCCCUACUCGCGGGGAAACCUGGUUUCGGGGAUCCGGAGCGACGUGGGGUGAAUGGCACGGUGCUUUGAAUCGACUGCUCUUUUCACAGAGUGAAGCCGCAUUGCUGUUGCCGGAGAGCGCUGACUUUUUCCUGUGGACAAUUGGAUCUUAAAUAACUGUCUGAGUAGAACGGAAAAUUGGAUUAAGAAAUUUCUUUUAAUUUGGCACUGAAGCGGGAAGGUCUAAACAGGAAGUCCGCCUUCCGCUUUUGUAGAUAGAUUAAAGCAAAGACACGGCAAGCUAGAGUUUAGAAAGUCAUCUGUAAAGGAUCAAUUUUCAUCAUUUAAAAUUACUGAACCCCCCUUGGAAGCAGGAGAAGAGGGGGGGAACUUUUUCUGGACUGUUUAAACCUGCAGAAGAGAGAGUAAAGAAAAGCAAUUUUCCACCGUCUUGAACCUGGGAGCGGGGUGUCAGGACAGACUUCCUUGGGAAGUUCAUUGACUAUAGACAAACGUUUUUGACAGAUAGUUAAAAGAGAAACAUAUUGAUUCCAUUGUUCCCCUUCGCAUCUAAAAGGAACAAAAUAUUGACAAAAUAUCUGAAAAAUGAAACUUUGUUGUUAGAUCUGCUUUUUUUUAAAAAAAAGAAGAACAGAUGGAUACAAAUAGAAGCUUUUUCCCCUAGAGGGAGUUUGCGAAACUGUUACUAAAUUUGAACUGGGGAGCUUUGCAGCUGCAAUAGAUUAAGAUCGUGGGAUCAGACUUUGACCUUGCACAAGAAUGUACUCGGAGGCUCUGGUGCUUGCCUUCUGCAAGACAAGUGCUCUAUUGGAACAGCUACAUGAGAAGACGGAUUUGAUGACUGUUGCGAUUGGAAAUUUUGGACAGGCAGUGGGUAUCUAUAUAGAACCCACACAGGAAUUAAUCCAGGAGUGUGCUCUGACAGAUCAGAUGAGGGAGGAGGUUGUUGCUGGACCUCGGGAGGCAUAGAUGGAGGGAACUGUGGCCCAGCAGGAACAUGAGUUGUUGGAUCUGAUGAAUGAACCUGGAAAAAGCCAGAUUUGGAGAGAUAGAGUCUUGUUUGGUUUGGAGAUGGGGGGCUGGAUAGACCCCCCUAUGCAGGGAUGUUUUGACCUUUCAAGUCUGACUUUGGGCCGGGAGGAGUUCAGAGUUGUGGGGGCCCUUAACUUUGGAGGGACCUUGAAACAUGCUUUUAAAUACCACAUGGAGUUCAGUGUUGACUAUGGAAAAGGGGCUGAUCUGUCGAGAAGGGACAAAAAUAUCGUCAAGCUGGAGUCUCCACGAAUGAAAGGAGCAGAAGACAAAGUAAAGUACAGGUAUAAAUAUGAAGAAGACCUGCGGAAGGGACAUGGAAGAGAUUUAAGGGCCUCGGACAUAAGGUUACCGGGUUGAUGAACUAGAUGGAUGGGAUAGAAAGGACUGACAAAACCCGAGACCAGGAGGAAGAGACGUUGGAAGAAGAUUGGAAGAAAGUUUUAAAAAAAAUAUUUAGGAAAAAUUUUGUAAAAUUAAUGAGUAUUAGAAAAAUGUUGGAACAAAAUUAUUUGUCUUUAGCAGAAAUGUUAAAAAGAAUUAUGUAAGAAUAUGUUAUGGUUAUGAGAAAUUGGUAUAAAUAAGAUUUAAGUUUUAAGUUUUAGGGUUUUUUAUGGUAAGAUAAGGUUAAAAUAGAUCAAAGUAAUUUAAUGACAGAAUAUUAUGAAAGAUGGAAAGGAUUUGCUGAGAUAAUUAACAACUAGAAUACAAAAAAGGGAGGUGUGAGGAAGUCGAUGAAAUAAGGUAAUGACAGUUAAGGAUUUGAGAAUACUGGAUCUGUUUCUUAAUUUUUUUUUGUUUAUUUUUGCUUUUUGAUUUUGAUGUAUUAUGUGCUUUGCUUUUGCUUUUUGAUUUUGAACUGUUAUUUGUUUUUUCCUUUUUUUUCUUUGUUUUUUUUUUGUAAUCUUAAAAUUUUCAAUAAAUAUUAUUAUUUUUUUUAAAAAGGAAAAGUUUCUUACAGUCCUUUUCUAUAUCAGUAUUUAUAGAGAGAGGCUAUAGAACCCAGCCUCUUGGAUAAUGGCAGUGUCUCAAUUGAAUUUCCACCCCCCACCCAUCUCUCCCGCUUCCUCAUUCGUCAUUCUCAUCAUCUCUCCCACAGGUGCUGCUAAGCGUCCUCUGUCUUUGAGCUCUUUGCUCUCCUACUUUUAAGGCUUGCCAGGUUCUGGGAGAUGGAGGGUCUGGAAUACUUUCUAAUGACAACAUGUCAGCCAGGUGUUGCUUUGGCUCUCCUAUGAUUUCCCAACUUUCCCUCUCAUCUGCCUCUGAGCUGUGACCUCCCUCAAACCACUGUUGUAAAUCUAUACUGUCUUCCUCUUCCUCCUUCCUGGAAGGGUCAGGAUGGGGAGGCAGUCUCCACCAUUCCUCCUGUGCCCAGUCCCUGAUACCUGCACAGUUCUGAGCUCCCUGCCACCUUGGUCCUCACCCUCUCCCUCCUGGUAAGCAGCAUUGACGCUGCUGCUGAGGAGUUAAUAUUAUGGCUGUGUCUCAAGUGGCUCCUGUCUGAAAGUCAAUGAGCAUGCACAGAGUGCCUGUCUCAGACUACUCAAUAACCACAAUGUAUUGCAUACAAACUAGGGAGCAGAGUUUCAAAGUUGGAGCUGGGAGUCUUCCAGGCUGCAGGGUCAUUAGUUAAACUUAUGGAACUCUUCAAUGCAAGGUAAAACCAAAUGUGGAGGCCAAAUACUUAUCACAACUUUAAGAAAUUCUGGACAGUUGUGUGGCACUUCUGAACAUUCAUUAAGUGGGUUUAAAAAUGUAUAAACUAUAGCAGCCCGUGUGUCUGAGAGCAUAAAUCUAAGCGCUGACUGACUGAAGUUGGAUAGAAACUUCCACUGCAGGCUUAUUAGCACAUAAUUGUCUGUUAUGGGUGUUUUAUGUCUUCCACUGAUGCAUCUGCUAGACGCUACUGUCAGAGAUGGGUUAUUGCUCUAGAUAGAUUAUUGCUUUGAUCCAGUAUGUAAAUUACUAUAUUCUAUGGCAAUCUCAUGCUCUUCCUCCUAUUUCUGCCUCCGCUGCUGACCUUCCUGUCGUGAUGCAUAACAGUAGGAUGACAACAUGGCUAUUUCCCACUUCAUUUUUGCCCUUAAUGCUUAAUCUAAUCUAUCAGGAAUUGCUCAGAAACAGUCAGUAGUGAUUUUGUCCUCCUUCCGUUCUGAACUGAAAGAAGCUCAGUGUAUUAUUUCUGCUAUACUUUGGGAGGUUCAUUCUAAUAACCCAAGUACCUAUGUCUGACCACAAGUUGCAAUGGAAAUAGUUGAAAACGCACCAGGACAAGGGCCCCCAUUCUGUGGUUCCUGGAAGAAUACAGCAUAUUUGUGGAUUUGUGGCUGAAGAUGACAGACGGCACAUCAAUCACAUUCACUAUCUAGCAUUCACUCUGCUGGAAACCCAGCCAGAUGGACAGGGUAUAAAUAAAAUUAUUAUUAUUAUUAUUAUUGCUUUUUUAUUUCUUAGAUUGAUUUUUAAUGUAAUAGAAUUUGGGAUUCAAAUUGUAAUACAAAUGUAAGGAAUAAAAGAAGCAGUAUAAAGACAGUUAAAAAUCAUAUAGCAUCUAUGCUACAAUCAGGAAAACAACAACAUUAAGUGGUCCACCAAGACUACAAUUGUCAUUGUCAAGUGGUUCAUGAGGGAAAACAUUUGGGAACCAGUGCAUUAGAUGAAGGAGGGAGGAGGAAGUUAAUCACCAGCUCCACCACUUGGCUUCCUGGAGGCAUCUGGUCCUUAACCUCCUCCAUCAGAUCAUGCAGAUGCCACAACCUUGCCUAGUCCCAGGAUGCAGAAGCUGUUGCCCCCAGUUGUUGCUGGAGUACAACUUCCAUCAUCCCUGACCUUUGGCCAUGCUGACCAAGAUCAGUAAAAGGACCAAUAUAAACAACAAUAAACACUGGUUGGUAAAAAGAAAUCCACAUUUCAAAGCCUCUUUUGAAUACUACAGUUUUGAAAAGAGGUCUAAGAGGAGGCAGGGAUGCUUCCUGCUGGAUCUCUCCCAGCUAAGAGUUCCAUAGGGCAGAGUUUGCUGUCUUGAAGGCACAGUCUCUGGUAAUGACCAACCAAACCUCAGGGGCACAGGGGACCAUUAGAGGUGCCCCAUCAGAGGAUCCGCAUGAUCAAGGUGAAGCCUAAGGAACUAUGUGGUCCUUAAGAUACUCGGGACCCAAUUUGCUUAGGGUUUUGUGAACUAACCUUUAGCAAACUGGCAGCUAGAGCACCUGUGUCAGCAGAGGGAUAACAUGUUGCCAGCAUCCUGCUCUAGCAAGCAGUAGGGCUGCUGCAUUCUGCUGCUUACUCCUGAAUUAUAAGGGGAGAAAUCCCUUCUCUUUGACAUACUUAAAGUAUUGGGCUAUUGGGCUGCAUAUUUUUAACAUUCUUAUCUUCCUCGCAGCUUUUAUUCAAUCUUAUGCCUGCUGUUUCUUUCCACCCUUCAGGUUCCGUUCAUUGUGCUACACUUGAGGUGAGGCAUGCAAUGAAUGGUAAAUAUAGCACUUAACCGCUGUUUGCAAGUUAUUCAUUUACAAUGCCGCUAUUUAACUGUUAUGGUGGUAGAGCACAUGUGCUGCAUGCAAAAAGUCCCUGGUUCAAUCACCAACUAGGUCUAGGAAAGACUGAACCGAUGCCCAUCAGUUUGACCAUCGGUGGGGAACCUUUUAUAGCCUGUUCAAGGAGGCUUCCAGGCAGACAAAAGCAGAAAAGAAGGAUGCGGAGCAGGGACACUGUGGGGAGAUGCCUGGAAAUAAGGGGUGUUCCUUGGAGCAGGGAUAUUGGCUGGAUUCAGCCCCAAGAAGCCCUGGGCCUGAGAUUCCUUAUUACUUGGAUGAGACAAUGGUAAACAAAGCUUUUAUUAUCAAUUAGCAUAUCCUCCAAGUGUCCUGAUUUUCCAGGGAUGGUCUUGGAAUGACAAAAGCUGCCCCAGCUUCUGUGAUUUGAUCCCUAUUUCCGCCACCAAGCCUGGGGAGGAGGAUAAGCCAGCGCUUGUCCCGAGAGGUGGAAGUGAGGGAGCAUCCCAUGACCUUUCCAUGGCUGCUGCUGCCGGCCUCCUCACCCUUGGACAGCUUGUGGUGUAGUGGUUAAGAGCGGUGGACUCGUAAUCUGGUGAACCGGGUUCGUGUCCCCGCUCCUCCACAUGCAGCUGCUGGGUGACCUUGGGCUAGUCACACUUCUCUGAAGUCUCUCAGCCCCACUCGCCUCACAGAGUGUUUGUUGUGGGGGAGGAAGGGAAAGGAGAAUGUUAGCCGCUUUGAGACUCCUUAGGGUAGUGAUAAAGCGGGAUAUCAAAUCCAAACUCUUCUUCUUCUGGUGAGGAGGAAGAGAGGCUGCUGCUGCUGAGGUCCAAACCCACAUGAUGCGCUGGCUCUGAGAGGCAGGAAGAAGGCAGGGCUGCCAUGGGCGGGAGAAAGCGGGAAUGGAACGCAAGGAGUCUUGUUUUUUUUCUAAUAAUAAUAAUAAUGCUUUGUUCACCCAUGUGUAAUCUUGCCCCUUUCUGAAAUUUAUUUAUUGGUGUGUGUUUUUCUUUUUUGUUUAUUUAACCAAAGAAUGAAAUAAAAUAAAAUAAGGAUUAAGGGGUUUUCUCAAGACAUUGGAAGGCAUGUGUGCUGUGUCUCAUUGGUGCAGUGGUAAUGGCUCUGUGGGGGGUGGGGGGCUCAAGGAGGGCCAGUUGGGCAGGGGGGGAGUGAGAAAUGCCCCUAUUUUCACUGGAGGAAUGUUGGAGGGUAAGGAUUAGGCCUGGAUUAGGCACAGCAUAUUCACAAACUUCUCCAACCAAGCCACCCAUCUGAAUCAGGUCUCCAGGAGCUGGCCUCCUGGGUCAUAGCUGUUUCUCUUAUAGGGACUGUAUGCCAGAUCCUUAGUUGAUGAUGCAUAUAUUACACCUCCGGCAUUGACAAUCCUGAGCUAGAAGGAGCAAUAUGAUGACUCAAUACAAGGCAAUCCUCUGGCCUCUCACCCCUCCUCAGUUGCCUAAGAUUGAUUCAUUAGGUGUCUCAGGGCGAUUCACACAUGCUUGUUCAUCAGAUCACAGCUGCAGUAUCCUAUGAUGACUUGCCAGAGUCAAAAAGCCAUUACUGGAGAGACACUACAAACAGAGGUAUCAAAUGGCUUCUCAUCAGUUCAAACACAGUCCUUUCCAGUGGAGGUAAUUCACACACCCAGUUGUAAAUCAUCAAGUGACAGUUUUAAGUUGAUGAGACAUUGAGUGAUCUAUGCAUGUGUGAAUCAGCUCCGACAAAUGUCGGAUAUAUACUUGGUUCUCUCUCUCUCUCUCUCUCUCUCUCUCUCUCUCUCUCUCUCCAGUUCGUUAUUUAAAAAUCUGCUUUCUCUUUCUUGACUUGGGCCUACCAUGCCAAAUUUGAAAAUGCCUGGAUGCUAAAUGCUCCUUUGAAUCAUGAUUAUUGGCUAUUCAAAGUUCCUGCUGUAAAAUUGGUCACCAAAGUGGCUCCGUGUUCAAACUGCUGCCUGAAUGAGUAAGCCUUUGUUAAUUACUUCUGCCAGGCACUAAUUUAGUUUCAUAAUAAAUGGUUCUCAGCUCUUGGCCUGAAAUUUACUUUCCAUUAACUUUGUUUGUAUUGCAAGUGUUUGAAGUGCUAAAACUUUUUUUUCUAUUUAGGCCACUAUAUAUUGGAAGUGACUAAACUAUUUACAUCGGCAUAUAACCUUGCUCUUUGCUUAGCUGUAAUUCAGUAGCUUUUCAUGCUGUGAUGAAGAGUUCAGCAUAACUCCAAAGCCUGCACACAUUUGCAGUAAUAGAGCAUCAGGAAGAAUUACCACGAACAUUUGAUUCCCUAAUCUAAUCAGUAAUGUAAUCCUAAUAGCAACAAUACUUAGUUCAUAGUGUGUUCCCCUCUCUCCCAAAGCAUUUGGUUUACAUCAGUUCAAUUAUCCUUGUAAGGUAGGGUAGUAUUAUUAUCCUCAUCUUAUAUGGGGAGAGAUGAGGCUGAGGAUUACAUUAGGCAGCAAUGCAAGAGAUGUAUAGAUAGUCCUCCAACACUUAAAAACAAAAAGCAUCAAUGACUUUCAGAUUCUGUGAAGGAGUAUCAGCAAAGGCUCACAAUGCUUGAGGAAUUAGUUCUUUGCAAAUCUAGAAUGAACUGUCCAGACCUGCAUAUUCUGGAUGUAAGUGUGAUUAGAAUAUGCAUCUUUAUUUUAUCAUUCCAAUUUUCCAUCUCUAUUCUCGGAUGUACUUCAUUUUGUAACGUAUGUGUUUAGGAACGCAUGCUUUAUGAGGUAAUACUUCAAGGGAAGCGUAGUCAGAACAAACAGAGACCAAAAAUAGACUGAUAUAUCUAUCCCAAGGAGAGAGCGGUUGGUUGACCGUUCUUCCUGCUGCCUUUUGCCUGUUCAAAAUUGCCUUACCCGAGCUGCUUUACUCCCUGUAGGCAUGUGGCUCUCGCACCUUUUUGCCCUUCCCCAAAUGAAUGGAGGGCAUAGCCUUGCUUCUAGACCCCCACAUUUCUCCCCCCAGUUCACUGGAGUCCCUAAUGUAGGGGCUGGCUAAGCCGUUUCCUUAUUUUUAUGAAUGGACUGCAGAGAUGAAUGUUCCGCUUCAUGACUUUAUCCUCAGAUCUACAGUAUGUUCAUGAGCUAGUUAAAAUUAAACUUAGCUAUCAAAAUGCUAAACCUGAUAGCUCAUUUAUCUUUCUGUCUCCCAACUCCAUGUUACAAUACAGCUGUGAUUGAUCUUGCGUCUUCAAGGUACUAUAUGGUAUAAAAACUAAGAGAAGAUUAAUUAAAAGCCGUCGCAUUCAGACAGGUUUUUAAAUAAGUUUUAGAUUUAAACAAUAUAUCAGCUGAAGCAGAAAGACUCUAAGCCCCAGAGCCUAUGACUCCAAAGUAUAUAUAUUUCUCUCUGUUUUGGGACAUCUGGAUAUCCUUGCUCACGACUGGGCUAACUUCAAAGAUAUACAGAGUCAAAUGUUCUGGACUAACGCAGGGAAAUGUAUAUAUUGAUAUUUAAAAAUAAUCUUCAGAGCAGGGGUGCCUCUAGAAGUGACUGGACUUGCCAACAGCCUCUGAGGGCUUCUUUCUAUUGCAGCUUACCAUACAUCAAGCCUGCCUAGUGUAGGAUCACAGGGCACAUGAAAUCAUCUCAAAAAUUAUCCUCAACAUUCCCCCCACCCCCCGUGAAUGCUGCUGUCAUAUAUACUCUGAAUAUGUUAAUUUUUUUUUCUUGAGUGCCACGGGGGGAAAAGAAAUAGCAACAGGAUGGCAGUGGUUUUCAGAAAGACUGGGAUUUGGUUAAGGCAUUUAUUGGAUGGGCCAAUAAAGGGGGGAGAAAUUAAUUCAGCUCACAGAGCACUUCUCCUCAGACCAAUACAUGAACCAAACUGAACACUGUGAUGUGGUGCUCCACCCAAAAAAAUGCAUUGAAAAGCAUAUAUCUGGCAAAUGUGCAUAUCAGCGAUAACAGCAUGCAAAGAUGUAUUAUGCUGGGGUAGAUUGCUUGGGAAAAUGUGUAUAUCAAGAGAAAUGCAUGCAAAAUGCAUAUGAAUUCUCAUGCAGAUUUUUUAUUUUUUUUAUUUUUCCAAACUGAUCUUAACACUAGAAAAACGAGAAAGCGAGAGAAAGCAUUUGCAUGGUGUGUUUGUAUGGUUGGUAUGCAGGUGGCAAACUCCAUCUCAUAUGGAGUCAUAAAGGUGAUGUCAAGUGUGACAAUGGGUCUUCUUGUGGACACUCAACUGCUCAGAUCUCUCAUACAAGCUACGGGACAAGGAUAACUGUGACUUUAAAGAUGAAUGGGAACCCUUUACAAAGUAUUUGAAGAUGCAACAAAGUGAACUGGACUCCUUGGCUGGUUUUGAAUAAACAUUCACAAACUUUUUAUUGAUAAUUAUCAGCUAAAUAGUUUGAGGAUCUAUACAACUGUGCAACAUGCAGAAAACAGCAUUUUUAGAGAAAUCAAAGACUGGAACUGAGGGAAGUCAGGGGGUGGGAGGUGGGUUCUGUGGGGGGAGGGAGUGGGAGGGAGGAAAAAUGGGGGAAAAUAAGGAUGGUAAUAAGUUUUGUUUUAAUUUUGAAUAAAAAAGUAAUUACAAAAAAACCCAAACUGCUCAGAUCUCUGAUUCUCAUGACUUUCAAUUCUUCUCACUUUUGAUAAAAAAUGCAGAUCGCUACGGUUGGCCCAAGAUAUUUUGCUGCUUGAAAUGCUGCUUGAAAUGCCCCUCCCAUUCCAAGUGCAAAAGUCAGGUGAAUCUCAUGCUAGCAUGGUGACAGGACAGCAUCCAGGAUUGCACGUGGGGCAGGAGGCUAGCUUAGGGGACACAUGGCAGGUGCCACGCCACACACAGCUCUGUUGUCCAAUACCUUGCAGCCACCCACUGCGGGCUUUCCUUAGCAGCAGGGCCACUGCGGCAUCUACAGGUGUGCUAAUCAUGGUGUUGAUGCAGGAAGAUGGGGACAGGGUGGUUGUGCCUGAUCUAGACCUGAUGCUGUCACUGGACAGAAAUGAGAUUGGCUCAUACCCCUUCUCUGCCUUUGGAACAUCCAAUUUUGGAUCUUCCCAUGGGCAGGGAUUCCACCAGUGGCCUUCCUUCAUCCCACACAUCUGAUGGCCAGCAGGAGGCUGUUUUAGCUAGAAAGUUGGGUGGUGAGACACCUCCCCUCAUUCCAACUUGGUGUGAGGGUGGUGGUGGAUUGCUGUUAAAAAUCCAAAGACCUAAAACUAAGAUGAAAAGGGGCAUUCAAUUGAUAUUAUUUUACUUCCCUCCUCAAAUCCAUCUGAGAAGUACACAGGAUGUGGUCAAAGAAAAAAGUUUGUCCCAUAUUCCCAUCAACCAAAUGUUUUUGGCUGAUGAUACACAAAGUCUAAUGGUAAAGCUUGCUUUGAAUGUGUUUUGGAGAGCUUCUGUAUGGUCUUCCAGCAUUGCACAUGAUAUUCAUUGGUAUGGCUUUUCCACACAUGACUAUCCUUGCUGGCCCACUUAAGAUUUCACCUGGGCAACAGUCUGCAGAAAUCUAGGACUGUUUGGUACACUUAGAAAAUAAGGAGUUAAAAACAAACUAUCUUACAACCAUGACUAUAUAGCACAGUAAAUUUUUGGUUUCAAUAGUUAUACAGGAAAAAGUAAUCUGAUUGGUGUAACAGCAGUGCGAUGGGAACAUUUUCCCCUUUUAUAUUGCUAUUAGAGGCACAGAGGCUGGAUCUUAUAUUGAAUAUUGCUAACAAUAACUGGGGGGGGGCACUGUCUAUGAAUACUCCUGGCUACGUCUGCUGAGCACAUUUCAAACACAAGGAGUUGAAAAAUAAAAUUGCAGGAUUGUACAGGGUCUAACAAAAUUCAUUUCACUGAAAACUGUAGGGACAGUUCCGUCCUCAGCCUGAUCAGAUUCUGCACAGCUGUAUAAAUGUGCAAAUUUUCCAGAAAAAUCAAAAUUUGUCAAUUUCGUCAAAUUAGACACUUUUCAUGCUGUGUGAUCUAUUUCCUGACACCAGUAAUUAACUCUUUAUAUUAGCUCACCAAGUUGCUUUUGUUCAGCACUUAUCCUGACUCCCUAGUCUUGCCUCUAAACUAAAGGUUAUCUGCCUGGGAUAUGUCAGGCACUGGUUGCUGAUGAUGUUUUGCCACAUUGUAAAUGGGAUGUUCUCAGAACUAAUUUGAAUUUCAAUCAUACGGCAAAAAGGACAUCUCCUUUCUGCCCUAUUGUCACUUGACUCUACACAGGUGAAUUAAUGCCAGACUCAUUUAAUUUUCCUUGGCUGGGUUCCGAUAACUCAAGGCACCCACACUGAGUAAUCUCCCAUGGCAGAAAAAAAGCAAUCAGUGACUAAGGUUUUGGUGUUUUUUUUAGUGUCGUCUCUUAACCUUCAGUAAGCUGAUGAGAGAGAGGAGUCCACCCCCUCGUGACAGAGUGAGUCAUCACAGGACAACACAUAGAGUUUCAACUGUACCUGGAUCAGAAAUACCAUUAGCACACCAAUAAGAACACCAAG